GUGUCGCCUCGUUCCCGUGAGGCAGCGCGGGCCAGAGGCGCGACCGUAGGGGCGCGCGGGAUCUGAGAGAGGGGAUUUUUUUUUUUUAACCUGACGAUAUCUACGAUGUGAGAAAGCACAUUUGUAGAAGUGACAAUUCAAGUCGAAAGGUGCUGAAGAUACAAAGAGAAGAGAAGCUGCUGCCUUCUGCCCUCAAGGUGCUUAAAUUUUACUAGGGAGAUAAAUAUACACAGGAAAUACUGUAGUUUUUAAGAAAAAAAAAUUUUUUUUGGUCUAUGGAUUAAAAGUGAAAUCAGUAUCCUGUGUGCUUGUUGCUUGGAUUUUUAAAAAAAGCAUAUAAAUCAGAAUAAUAAAAAAACAUUCAUUUAAAAAGUUUUGGCAAUUAAGACAUGAGUUGUGGAAAUGAGUUUGUGGAAACAUUAAAAAAAAUUGGUUAUCCUAAGAGUGAUAAUCUUAAUGGAGAAGAUUUUGACUGGUUGUUUGAAACUGUUGAAAAUAAACCUUUUUUGGAGUGGUUCUGUAGAAAUGUAAAUGAACAGCAUGUAUUGACUGAAAAAGAACUGCAAGCUUUUAACACCCUUCAGAAAUCUGGCAAGCCCAUCCUAGAAGAACAAGCAUUGGAUGAAGUUCUUAAAACUUGUAAAACUUCUGAUCUGAAAACAUGUAGUUAUGAGGGAAUUGAGUUAGAAAAAUUAGAGACUGAACUCCAAGCUCUUCAGAAGUUAAAAAAUCUAAAAAUUCAGCGUCGCAAUAAAUUUCAAUCGAUAGCUUCAACAAAUAGUCAUAGAUUAUUCCAAUUAAAGUCUAAAGAAGAAGAAGUUACUAAAAAUCUGAAGGAGAGUCAGGGAUUUCUGAAUGCUGUAAAUAGCAAAAUAACUAAUCAACUUCAAGAUCUCAUUGAUGGAGUUGAGAAAUUAACAACAUAUUUUGAUUGUUCAGAGACAAAACAAAGGACAACUCCUCCAGUGUUUUUAUCUCAACUUGCUUUGGAAAAAUACUUAAGCCAAGAAGGACAAAGCACAGUAGCAUUAACUUUGUAUACCAAAAAGCAUUUCUUUCAAGGUAUACAGGAAUUAGUUGAAAGUUCAAAUGAAGAAAAUUUUCAGCUUUUUGAUAUACAAACACCAUCCAAUUGUGGUGAUGAUGAUAAUGAAGCCCGUGAGGAAAGAAGGCAUGAGAUGUCAAGGCUGCAGCUGGCUUAUAUUUGUGCCCAACAUCAGUUAAUUCAAUUGAAAGCAAAUGAAUGUAGCCUUCAGUCACGUAUAAAAUGGGCAGAGGAGACUCUUCAAACCUUAACAAGCAAGGCUAUUGGCAAAGAAGAUGUAGAGGCUAAAAUUUCUAGAUUUAGCAGUGAGAUACUAAAACUUGAAGAACAAAUCACCCAACUGAAAAAUAAAACAUUGCCUACUGUGGUCAAAGAAAAUGCUCAAUUACUGAAUAUGCCAGUUGUAAAGGGAGAUUUUGAUCGGCAGCUUGCUAGACAAGACUAUUAUACAUCAAGACAAGAAUUAGUUCUUAAUCAGCUGAUAAAACAGAAGGCAUCUUUUGAACUUCUGCAGCUAGCAUAUGAAAUUGAAUUGAGAAAGCAUCGGGAUACUCACCGGCAACUUGAAAACUUGACUCAAGAACUUAGUCAAAGUAAUACUAUUCUGCAUCAACGAUUAGAAAUGUUAGCUGACCCAUCUAUAUCUCAGCAGACCCAACCAAGAAAUAUUAUUGAUGCCAAGGAUUGUUCUACUCAUAGGCUUUAUGAACUUUUAGAAGGGGAAAAUAAGAAACAAGAGUUGUUCAAAACAUAUGAAGGCCUGGAAGAAGUGGCUCAAAAACUGAAGCAAGAUGUUUCUUCUAUACGAGAUCAGUUGACAAUAACUGCUCAAGAGCAUGCUCUCUUUCUGUCCAAACUGAAUAAUGGUGUGGAUAUGCUUUGUGAUACUUUGUAUUGUGGAGGAAACCAGCUUUAUCUUAGUGAUCAGGAAUUAAAGAAGCAAUUUCAUCAAGUUGACUCUCAUUUGAAAAAGCUAAAUCAUCUGCUUAUGGAUAUUCUUGCUAAUGUAAAGGCAAAGAGAAGAAUUUUGGCAGCUGAUAAACUGUAUCAAAUGGAACGAGAAUUAUAUGUGUAUUUUUUCAAAGAUAAAGAAUAUUUACAGAGUAUUGUGGAGAAUUUAGAAUAUCAGUUAAAAAUUACAACUAUUGGUCUUGAAGAUUGAAAAUCAGAUAUUCAGUAUUCACGAUAUAAAAUGUGUACUAUUUUUACUUAUAUUGGGAGGGGCAAUUACUUUGUUUCUCCUUGUGCAACAUGCUUGUCCAGAGAACCAACAGCUAUUAGGAGAGGAGCUUUUGCUCCUCAAAGGAGUUCAGGUAGCCUUUCUCUGUUUUCCCCCAAGGGGGACAAAAGCCUUCAGCUACAUUGUAAUGGGAAUGUUAUAAUGUUCAAUUAGAUUUCUUUAGUCUCUCAUUUUGUCUUUUUUAAAUGGAAAAGUUUAAACAUUUAAAAUAAUCAGAACAUUAUGCAAGUCAGCAUAAUAAAGAUAUCUCUUGCUGUAUACAAUAGAACUGUUUUUUUUAGUUGAAUGUGAAAAAUUUUCAUUUAUUGAAUCUGCUAUAAAAACACCCACUAUAAGCUUUUUAGGUAGCACUUCAUAAUUUACAAAAUAAUUUCCCUAUAUUAUCUCAUUUGAUCCUCAUAUCAUUAUUGAGGAAUGUAAUACAUAGUAUUAUUUUCAACCCUCUUUUGUGGAUGAAAAAAUUGAGGCAAUGAGAAGUUAUGACUUAGCCAGGAGUUGUGGUUAGUAAAGGAGUAAUCUGGGUUUGAAGGACUAAACCCAGGUCUUCUGGCACUAAAUCCAGUUUUUGCAUUCUAGCAUUAUUUCUUCUCAUAGAAUUUGGGAAUGAUGCUGAAGUUGAAGAAAAGACUGCCGUGUUGGUAAUUUAGCACUAGUGGUGAUAAAAUAAUCUCAUAUUGUAUUUAUUGCCUUAAGGAGUAGUUCCUGUUAUGUAACAGUUGUCCACCCUUUAUCAUAGGGGAAAGGAUUUUGGGACACACAUUUUGGCUUCUUGGAAUUGAUAGAACAAUAUAGAUAUUGACAGUAUUCUUGUGGCUUAUGACUGGGCUCCUGAAUAAAUCUUAAAAAGCCAUAUGAAGAGAUAUUCACACAAUAUAUACACAAAUUGUUGUCUCCUUUUAUCCAUUCUUUUGAAGUGAAAUUCAAUAUAUAGUGUUUUUUAAGGGAUACCAGUAUAGCAUUUAAGCAGUUAAAAUAUAGAAAACAUUUAAUAUUUAUGUGAGGUCCUUUAAGAUAGUUCAAACGAAAUUAGGUAUCAUCACAGAUACUGAAUGCUCACUUUUUAUAUUUAUUGGAUUCCUUGUGGUUUUAUAGAUUUCAAGUAGGCACAGUCACAAUGUUCAAGGACCUAUAUUACCUGCUUUCAUAGUCUUUAAGAAUAUUCAUUAUUUGUUUUUAAUCUGGAAUAAUAACAUAGCUCUUUUAGUUUCUUUAUUUUUAAUCUUUAUGGAACUGUUGAUUUCUAAGCUGUAAUCAUGACAAAAUAAGGUAAAAUCUGGUUGAUAUGUGUAACCUUUUAGCCUGAAUAUUUUUUUGUUACUAGCUUAUUUUUUUAAAAAAUUGUUAAUAUUUUAAUCAAAAUUAAAUAAGUAGAUUUGUGAACCUAAUCUCUUUUGAACAGUUAUAACAAAUCUUGAUAUCCCAAACCAAUAAAUGUUAUCCCCAAAUUUUAAAAUAACUUCUGUUCUCUCCAGAAAUUUUAUAACUUUCCUAAUUUUAUUUCCAGUUAUGUUCUCCCAAGGAAUCAAAUGCAUAUAUACACAACUUUCUAUAUUUAUAGUGUGGAAUAAUAAGAGCUGACAUUUAUAUAGUGUUUUAAAGUUUGCAAAGCAGUUUGCAUAUACUGUCUUCUUUAAUCCUGACAGUAAACCUAUUUUUUUUUCCCAUUUUUCAGAUGAGAAAAUAGGCUGAAACAUGUACAUAUGUUUAUAUCAAAUACAGCAUUCUUUCUUUACUGUGAUAUAAAAUUAGUACCAUAUAGAAUUGUAUUUUGUUGACUAUAGAUGGCCGAUUUUUUUCCAUGGCAGUUUUAGAAUCUUUUCUUAUCUUUAAUUAUCCAUCUGGGACAGCAAUAUGACGUGCUCAAUCAAGCAAACGAGCAAUUGAUACCUAGCAUGAGGGUUGUAGAGUAGAAGAGAGAGAGAGAGAGAGAGAGUGUCAGUCAAACAUACUUUUUAUAUUAUCUGUACUUCUAUUAAUUCUUUGAAGAGUAACUGUUUUGUAAUUCAUCUAGUAAACUUUAGUGAAUAGAGCACUAGAUUAAACUUAAAUUAUUGAAAAUUCUGUUUUUUGCUAUGUAGUUGGCUAUUUAACAGAAUGAGGCUAAUUGACAUGCCUAUGGCUGGUGAUGUUAAAAAAUUUAGUAUACAAAUUUGUAUGGCUAAAAUGACUUAGCAGUUUUGUUCAUAAACCUUGUAUCUCAUUAAUUAAUACAUAAAUACUGUUUUGUAUUUAGGAUUUAUAUUAAAAAAAAAAACAUGGAAAAUUAUGAGGGAAAUGUAGGCUUUGACUUCUCUAAGAUGCCGCUAUCAGAUGUUGCUCAGCGGAUAAUGGCAGCUAUGCAUUCAUUUGAUUUAGUGGAGAUUAAGAAUUUCAGAGAAAAUGAAAAAAGUGAGUAAUUUUAAUAUAAAGUUUUGAAGUUGCUUGUGUUGAUUUGAAUUUUAAAUAUUUGUAACAAUAGCUCUUAAAGUGAAAAUAAACAUCAUUUAAAAACUUGAAA